GGCUGUUGUCAAACUCAAACUAUCGUUUUUUUUAAAGGUUGUGUGGGAAUUGGUGCGAGAUGUGGAGCGUUAAGACCAAAAGCGUUCAAUACUUAUUUAGAAAAUAUAGAUAUUUAAUCGUGUAAUCAAGGCAGCGAAGUUACUUUUCAUCUUUCAAAAAUGAUGAAAUUCAGUGCUUUGAAUGAAUCAUCUUUAUCAGAUGAUGAUGGGGAUCCUGAAUUGGCUACAAGAGAAGCACAGGAAGAAGAGGCUUAUGCUUUAUAUCAUCAGGCUCUUAAGAAGCAAAGUGAGGCAAAAAUUGAAGAUUCUGAAAAAAUGUUCAAAGAUGUUUUAAAAAUGGAAUUUGUAACUCGAGCCCAACUUAAUGAUGAAAAAGAAGAUGGACCUCUAGGCCCAGCGCUUACUUUGAAAUAUCUAGUGUAUAAAAAUCUUGCUACAAUAUCAAAUGGAAAACAAGAUUAUCAUGCUGCUGUAACAUUUUUCCUAGAGGCACUCGAAAUUGAUGCCACGGAUGUCAGCAUGUGGUAUCGAAUGGGAAAAGCUUCUAUAAAUAUAUCAAAUUAUUCAUUGGCAAGGUUGUGUUUUGAAGAGGGCCUGAAGUGCAAUCCUAAUCAUUGGCCUUGUCUGGAUAAUGUCAUUACUGUCAUGUAUACCCUUAAUGAUUAUGCAAGUAAGUUAAUGUUGUAUUUCAGAUGUUUAAUAAAAAUGCGUAUACUUUCAUAGCUUGUAGUUUUUUUA